AUGAAGUAUACGCUUAUAUCUCUUAUCUUUCUAUUCUAUGCCAAGAGGACAUUGUUGUCUCCGUUUAGCUCUGACAGAUAUUUCAAUCUAUUUUCUUAUAUACAUCAAAUUUUCUUCAUUCAUUUAAUCUUAUAUUAUGUCGACCCUCUCCUCCUUUCCUGCUUUCCUUUCUUCUUUCAUACUUAUAUUUUCGUUUUUUCUUCCUCAGUAGCUUCUUUUAUAUUUCCAUUUAUUUUUCUUACGUAUUUUAAAUUCCAUCUCUCCUUUACUUUUCGUUUUCAUUCAUAUCUUCCUUUCUCCAUUCCUUACUUUACUUAUUUUUAUUUAAUUUCAGCUUCCUUCCUGCCAGUUUGUAUACACCGUCCUUUACAUCUCUUUCUGAUUUUCUUAUUUAAUUAUUUAUUUUUAAUUUUAAAUCUCAUUCUGCUAUCAUGUGGUACUUUUUCUUUCUUUCUUUCUUUCUUUCUUUCUUUCUUUCUUUCUUUCUUUCUUUCUUUCUUUCAUUCUUUCAUUCAUUUUCUUUCUUUCUUUCUUUCUUUCAUUCUUUCUUUCAUUCUUUCUUUCUUUCUUUCUUUCAUUCUUUCUUUCAUUCUUUCUUUCUUUCAUAGCUGUUUCCCUUCGCAAUUUCUCAGAAUUUAUUCAUUUAAGAGGCAUUUUUUUUUCUCCGUUUUUGUGCAAGAUUACACCUACAGACUCGCGCACAUUUAUUAUCUCAUUGUAUCUAUAGGAACAUUUCUCUCUCACACAUAG